AUGGCGUCUCACCCGAGCCAUGGUGCCGGCGUCCCCGUCAAGAAUACUGGCGACCAGGAGGACAACGGGGGUGGCAGUGGGGGAUUGGACAGGACAACGCCCCUAGUCGCCAGCCUCAGCGUGCUGUCCACCGAGGUAGACCCCGAUCUGGUCGCCAACGUGUCCGCUGAAUUGUGCCAGAUCGGACGGCGUCAGUUGAAACCACAAGACAUGGAGAGGAUCAUCAAAAUCUGCAAGCUGCCAGUGUACCUCAAGUUUCCCAUGUACCAGGCCAUCUCCAAGACACCUACUAGGCAGGCUCUACUCGAAUUUUGUCGCAAGAUGCACCAAGUCGCCGGCAAUGACAGACUGUCCAAGGCUGUGUACGACCUCAUCGACACCCACAGCGGGCUCUCGUUUCUCAAGGAAGUGACCAGAUCACACAGCGUGUACAUCGACACCGUGGUGGCUCGACUGUUUUUCGAGCUCGGAAAGACGUGGACGUGGCGCCUCGGCAUGGCAGAGCUGCGACGCAGCGACUUCCUCUCGCAACUUGACGCUCUGAAACUCAACGACGACUUCAUGAACGUGGAAGGGGCCUUUUCUUACAAGGACGCCUACGUCAUCCACACGAUGUUCAACUCGCUGGACAAGGACAACGAUCGUCUGUUGAGCAAGGAAGACCUGGCGCGGUACGAAAAAGGCGCCCUGGUACCAAAGGCCAUUGAUAGAGUGUUUGACUUGCUCAGUACGUCAGCUAUGACGUACGUUGACUUCGUCGUCUUCCUGCUCGCCGAGAAGGACAAGUCGCACCCAAGGAGCGUCGAGUACUGGUUCAACCGGCUAGAUCUCGAUGGCGAUGGUAAAAUAACGAUGUAUGAACUCGAGACAUUCUUCCACGAACAGUACGACCGCGUGUCUCUGUUGAUGAACGAUCCUGCGUCUUUCGAAGACAUCUGUCGUCAGAUGAUUGAUCUAGUGAAGCCCAAGUCGUACAGCAGUUUCGCUCUGUCGGACCUUAAACGGUGUGCGCUUGCUUCUGUGUUCUUCAACACUUUCAUCAACACCUACGAGUUUAUCCAUCACGAGGUUUUCGACCCGUUCGACACAGAACGUUCGCGCAGUGGUUUCACGCAGUGGGAACAGUUUGCCAAGUCGACGUUCACUCUUCUCAUGGAAGAAGGCGAAAAAGAUGACUACUCCGACGACGACUUGCCUUAA